GCGGGGCGCGGGGUCGCGGUGCGGAGCCCGCAGCGCUGCCGGGGGGAGCGGCGGCGUCCGGGGCGCUGGGGCAGCUCCGGGACCGCGGUUCCGACUACAACUCCCGGCGUGCGGCGAGAAGCCGCCGUGACGUUUCCCGCCGCGAGGCGGCGCUCGGAGCGCGGGUCCCGCCCGGCUGCGCUCCAAGGCGCCGCCCCGGCGCUCGGGCACCGGCGCGGGGCGAGGGGCGGCCGCAAGGACGGGGCUGCUCGGUGCCCUCUGGCAGCCGCCGCCGCCCCCUCGCCGCCUGUGCUCGCCGCCCUGCGAUCCCGCCCUUCCCGCCCGGCCGCUGCCGGCCUUUCUCCGUCCCUCAGCCUGGUGUGCAUWCUGGAGAUGCAGAAACCAUGUAGCAGAAAGCUCUGAGUACCUGUGGAUUACCAGUUUCUCCCAAGAGCAAUAUAAAGUGAAGAAUGAAGGCAACUGGAUUUAUUUCCCUGUGGAUGUUGGUUUCACUGCCUUGUGGCCAGUUUGCAAACCCUGCAGAGCAUGAAGAUGUAGUGAAGCAUGCAAUAAAGCUGCACCGUGGGAAAGGAGCUGUUAUCACUCAAAGGAAGCAGUGGGUGUUGGAGAGCUGCAGAAAACUGUCUGGUCUUCUUCGCCAAAAGAAUGUUGUUCUCAACAAACUAAAAAAUGCCAUAAGAGCAGUUGAGAAGGAUGCAGGACUGUCUGAUGAAGAGAAACUUUUUCAGGUCCACACCUUUGAAAUUUUCCAAAAGGAGCUAAAUGAAAGUGAAAACUCGGUCUUUCAGGCAAUCCAUGGCCUUCAGAGGGCUCUACAGGGUGAUUACAAAGAUGUUGUAAAUAUGAAAGAAAGCAGUAGACAGAGACUGGAGGCCUUGAGAGAAGCUGCAAUUAAGGAAGAAAUGGAAUAUGUUGAACUCUUAGCAGCAGAAAAACACCAGGUUGAGGCCCUUAAAAACAUGCAACACCAAAACAAAAGUCUGUCGAUGCUUGAUGAAAUUCUGGAAGAUGUCAGGAAGGCAGCUGAUAGAUUGGAAGAGGAAAUAGAAGAACACGCCUUUGAUGACAACAAAUCUGUCAGAGGUGUAAACUUUGAAGCUGUUUUAAGGGUGGAAGAAGAUGAAGCCAACUCCAAAAGAAAUGCUUCAAAAAGAGAAGUAGAAGAUGAUUUAGGUCUUAGUAUGCUAAUUGAUUCUCAGAACAAUCAGUAUAUCCUUACUAAACCCAGAGAUUCAACCAUUCCCCGGGCUGAUCAUCAUUUCAUAAAGGAUAUUGUGACAAUAGGAAUGUUGUCUCUGCCAUGUGGCUGGCUGUGCACAACAAUAGGAUUGCCAACCAUGUUUGGGUAUAUAAUCUGUGGAGUACUCUUAGGACCUUCAGGACUAAAUAGUAUCAAGUCUAUUGUACAGGUGGAGACAUUAGGAGAGUUUGGUGUAUUCUUCACUCUCUUUCUUGUUGGUCUGGAAUUUUCUCCUGAAAGAUUAAGAAAGGUAUGGAAAAUAUCUUUACAAGGACCCUGCUACAUGACGGUUCUGAUGAUUGCCUUUGGUUUGCUGUGGGGGCACUUGCUCCAAAUUAGACCAACACAGAGUGUCUUCAUUUCCACUUGUUUGUCUUUAUCAAGCACUCCACUGGUGUCCAGGUUUCUUGCGGGUAGUGUUCGAGGAGAUAAAGAAGGGGAUAUUGACUACAGCAGUGUGCUGCUCGGCAUGUUGGUGAUGCAGGAUGUGCAGCUUGGUUUAUUUAUAGCUGUCAUGCCUACACUUAUACAAGCAGGAGUGAGCACAUAUUCCAGCAUUUUCAAGGAAGUACUGAGAAUACUGAUACUGAUUGGCCAAAUUCUGUUUUCUCUGGCUGCUGUUUUUCUUCUGUGUCUUGUUAUAAAGACRUACCUUAUAGGACCAUACUACCGCAAGUUGCACACGGAAAGCAAAGGGAAUAAAGAAAUCCUCAUUCUAGGAAUAACUGCAUUCACCUUCCUUAUGUUAACGCUGAUGAGUGCAAAUUCUGUAUGGGAGAACAAGAGGGAAGAUGAGACAAAAGAGGUUCCUAUAUUGCAGUCUGAGCAAGCAGUUUUCGUGUAAGGAUUAUCCUGUCAGUAGAGGAGCUUCCUGUAUGGUAGUGAGUUUUGAGCAUUUCUGAGCUGUUUGGCUCACUUGGGUAACACUGCAAUUUGUUACACCUGAAGCAGAUAUUCUAGUAAGACUUGGAACCUAAGAUACCCUUUCCUUCCCAGUAUUCUCAGAAAUCAUUCAACUUCCCCUCCCUUUUAUCCUUCAGAUAGUUAGGCAGAUAGAGGCUGGGAGGUGGAGAUUGUGUCAAGUGCCAAUCCUGUAAUAGUAUAGACAACAUAGAAAUAAAGUUGUGCGUCUUUGAAUCAUGCGUCUUGUCUUCAAGGUAACAAAGGUUGAGUAGAUCAUUAUUGCACUUUCACCAGCUCCUUUUCAAGCUUUGAGGUAUGCAGAUAAUGGUCCCUUUCUUUGUUUAUUUUAAUUGGUGAACCGUACUCCUGAAUUGCAGCAUAAGGAAGAAAUCUAGUUUAUGGUUUUAAGCAUGACCAUUCAGGAUCAAUGGCCAAACUGGUAUUUUUAAGUCAAGGUAUUUACCAGGGUGAGCUGAAAAAUAUGUCAGCCUGAGCACUCACUGGUGUAGUGUUGCUUUCUAAUGUUCURUAUGUACAGAAACAUUGCAAGGAAAAUUGCUCUGAACACUGCCCUUAUAAUGGACUGCUGUGUUGGAUACCUGCAAAACAACAGGUGUCAGUUUUAUUGUGAUUUAAAACUGAGGUUGCUGAGUGUUAUUAGGGAAAUGGAAAAAUAUAAAACCUGACCUGACAAGGACAGCAGUUACAUUUACAURUUUAUAGGACUGUGCAUACACAUGGGGGGAAAAUGGCUUCUAGUUUCACUGCUUUAUGGCUUAACUGGGAUAGUGGCAGCAAGUGUAGGGAAGUUGCCAGUUUGCUUUAGACACCAAAAAGAAAAUACAGUUUUGUUACUGCAGUACUUUACAUAUGAAAACGUAUAGAGUUUUUUCUACAGUGUCUUAUGAAUGUCAUCACUAGUAUGGGACUAUGAUUCUUUGCUUGCCUAAAGUACUUCUUAGUGCCUUAUAACCUGCUUAUGAACUCUUUUCUAUYAAUUAAAAGAAGAUUAAGGAAGAAUUGCAGUCUUAAAUAUUCUAGUUAAUUAUUUAAUAAAAUACUGUUGAGAUAGAGUUUUUASAAGCUUUACUAAAAAUUGGUUCCAUUUCCAUUACAGCUUUACUUUCUUGAAAUGCAAGCUUAAAACUCACCUCUUUAUUCUUGAGCAGAUUUAAGUUACUMAAGCCUGAAAUUCUAAUACCUUUAUUUCCACCAAAAUUUUAUUUCAUUUUACUGUCCUACCAUAUUCAUUAAGCUUCUGUGAUGAUUAAAGAGUAGCAAUAAGAUAGACACUAUUGAAGAAUAUAAGCAAAACARCUGCUUAACAGAUGGUUGAGAUUCAACCAGAACAUGUUGUAGCAGUAAUGUUUAUUUCUUUAUUUAUUGCUGUGGUAGAACAUUUGAACAUACAAAUCCAGUAUUCUAGUGAAAGCAAUGCAAUCCUUUCUGAAUUAGAGUAAAAUGGGACUCGUGAAUACAACUGAAAAUUAAGUUGCACUGGGAAAAACAUGUGAAUUGAUAACAUUUUUUUGUGUAAUUUUAACUGAAAAAGCUUUCUGUAAGGUAAGAGUUGAGAAGAGGACAGUGCAAAGCCCAGAGAUUAGUAAUCUCUAAAGCCCUGUUUGGUAAGGACAGAACAUUAGAAGUGAUGCAAGCAGAGAGGGAAUACUAAAUGCGUAAUACUUUCCAAGUUUUGCUUAUGUAAGGAAUUCUGAAGAGAAUGCCUUCCUGCCACUAAGACAUGUCCUCCCCAGUAUGUGUGUGCUCAUGUGCACACUCGUUAUAUAUAAUGYAUAUGUAUGCAUUUUAUAUAACAAGCCCUGAUGCUACAGUUUUAGCAGAGGAAAUGUGUCCACUUACAGGUAAUACUACAGARCAACCAGAGACCAAGAUGGGACUUGUAAAAGGAAUCUCUGUACAAAGCUACAUAUGAAAGGUUGGACUUGAUGAUCUCAAUGGCCUUUUCCAACCUAGCUAAUUCUGUAAAUCUGAAGAACAAAUUUGAGGAGUGGAGAGAAUGUUAAGAAAAUUAUGUGAUUUUUGAUUCUUUUCAUUCUCUCUGAUACACUACACUUUUCUGUAUGGCCUAUAGAUUUUGUAGACAUGAAGUUGUGUAGUAUGCAGAGACUAGACAAGAAACACCAAAAUUUGCCUAUUUUUGUAACAGGCCCUUGAGMUCAUACUUAGCUUGCUGAAAGAAUGUAAUACAGUUUUUAUGCUGUGGGACCAAAUUCCCAGUUAGACAUGCAGUUUGCUCCAGUUAUGUCUGAUGCUUUCUGAGCAAAYGUGUUUCUUGCACAUUCAAAUUGCUCGUUGCUUGAAGAGUGAUUCUCACAACAUUGCARUAUCAUGCAAUUCUGGUACAAGAUACAUCUCUUCAUAUGUGCUUGCCUAAUCAUGUCCAAUGGUAUGUUUAAAAUAUUAGCUGUAAAAGUUUUGAUGUGGAGCUCUGUUACAGCUAAUAACASUUAAUGUGGGAGGAUUAUAGCUGAGUAGUAAAAAUAAUUCCAACUUUAUUUUAAUAAGCUAUAUUGGAUCUUAAUCAUCUUCUAAAGGCUGUGAUUUUUAGAACAACUAAUGUAUGAUUUAGAAGAACUUGAAUGUUUCCUAUUCAUAACUGUUUCCUUUAUUUUAUUCAUCUCUUGGUGAUUUUAAAGGUCUUCAUGUAUACAUUGCCUUCUUCCCUCUUACAAAUUCAAGUUGUUGUGAAAAGCACUAAAAUUCCUUUUGUUUAAAAAUGAGAAUAACAUUAUUUUGAUUGUUUUGUUGCCUGAGCAGCUGUUUAUACUAGCUGACAAAACCAACUAGUUACCUUAAAUAUCUUGCAAUAAAUUACAGAUCCCUGCCACAAAUUCAGUUAUGUGAUGAGCAUUCAGACAUUAAUACUUCAGCACACAAAAGUCUUGGGAUUAUUUUUAGUUGCUAUUUUAUGUGUAGCUUGAAGACUUGUUUGUUGUGUCUUUCACACUCCUCCAUUAGUUUCAGAUUGCCUGAUUUUUUUGUUUCAUAUCUUACAGUAUAACACAGUUCAUGAUGAAUAGUGUCCAUAAAUGUACUACAGAGUAUUCUUGCUUAAUCUAAAUUAGAAUGCAAAUAAGUCUUUGGUUUUAAACGUUCUAUUAAUAUUAAAAGCACUGUUCUUUUUUAGCAAAAUGACCAUCUGCAGCUGCAUGAAUUUGAAGUAAUUAUUUUAAAACAUACUUUAUACCAUACCAUAUAUUGGAAGUGCUGCUUGAUUAUUUUUUUAAUGUUCCAAGCAUUGCCUUAAGUAGUUCCUUUGUGUUUUGUUUAGUCUCUUUACAUGUGUUUCAUCUCUUCUUCUAGCAGUGCAUUAAAAUAUUAAAAAGCAAUAAAGCAGUCUGAAUUCWUUCAAACAGACAUUGUGUUUCAUUUCAGCAGUUUACUUUGCACACUUAAAUGAAAUCUUACUCAGUAAAGCACACGGGCACAUUUGAGCCAAAUUUACAAUAAUAAAACGUAAUUUAUGCUUGGGACUUCUGCUAGAUUGAGACUCUUCUCCCAAAUACAAGCUUUGAUUUUCAUUUUUUC